UGGUGGCUGUCCAGAUGCAGAAAAGAAGGCAAGGGGGCCGAGGAGGGGUAGUGACGCUUAACCCAAAGUAGAUGCUAUUUCCUUUUCAGGCUCCUCUGACCCCUGGCUCGGGAGGAAAAACGUUUUCUCCCCCCAUCCUUCGCACUACCCUUCUUUCCCUCUCGCUUGCACAAUCUCAAGCACAUUAGAGGGUGUCCUCAAACCCAAUGCAGACUUCCAGCAUCAACUGUCAAACUAGUAGGAAAGCAGCUUCUCUCUGGGCUUCUCUGAUGGACUCGCAGGGCUCGCCGCGCUCGGCACAGAUGGAAUGAACGGAGCUGACGGGUUUGAAGGCACGUGGAUAUGGCACAUAUCAUGAAAGUUCCACUCAGGAGGUCUUUUAGCGAGCAUGUGAAGGAUUCCACUAACAAAGCUUGGGAUAUAUUCUGGAAGAGCGCACGUGAGAAGCGGCUGUCAGAGAUUGAAGCCAAAGAGGCUUGUGAAUGGCUCCACGCAGCUGGCUUCCCUCAGUACGCGCAGUUAUUCACCGAUUGCUGUUUCCCCAUUGACAUAGACUGGGUAAAGAAUGAUCAUGAAUUUCUGGAUAAGGACGCCACAGAGUCUCUCUGCAGGAGAUUAAACACUUUGAACAAGUGUGUGGAGAUGAAGCUCGAGUUGAGCCGGUCUAAAAGAAGAGGAGAUGACCAAGACGGCGAUGACCCUUAUGCCAUCAGUCCAAAGUGGACAUUUGACAGAAGGAGCAGGCGCUGGACCCGUGCGGAUGACGGCGGGAUUAGCAGUCCCAUCUCAUGCCUGAGGAGAACAGAAAGCUGCGAGGCGUCUCUUUCUGACAGUGGCGAGUGCCAUGAGCUGUGUUCAUAUCACAGCUCCAGCAACGCAGACAGCGAUGAAGGAUGUGCUCCCAACAAAACCGCAGAGGAGCCCGAGACGAGCCGUAGCUCCUCCAGAUGCUCCUCGAACUACAAGCCCCAAUCCCCUGACACCUCUUCCAGCAGGCCUCCAUCCCCGGGUGAACAGCACACUUUAAGCGGAGAGGAGUGCUUUCCUGAUAAGCACCCGCUUAAAAAAGGCCUUCUUCGAAAAAUGGAGAAGCUUCGAUUAAGAGGAAACACCCAACACGUUCAAAGUGGGAAAGCCAGACUUGUCAUAAGCGGGCCAAUUUUGCAAGAAGGCCUCAGUGAGGAACGGCUCAAGCAUCUUCAGUGUCUAGACAUAGCAAGACUCAACCACAAAUCCGGCAGUCCUGCAUCCUGCUCGCCACCUUCUGGUUCAAGUAGCAGUCCUUCUGAAUCGAGCAGUGCCGUCAGCACGCCAAGCCCCGUCGCCAGGGUACGAAGCAACUGCAAACACCCCAGCUUGCCCAAACAAGAGGACGAGGAGAAACCAAUCACAGAUGGGGAUCUCAACAACCAACGGAAUCUCGAAGUCAACCCCGUCUUUAAAAUUCCACAGGGUCACAAGCCAGGGACGUUCCCAACAGUGCUUACCCACAACAGCGCCUUCUCGCCCCUCGACAACACAUCAGUCAACUGGAGGACUGGAAGCUUUCACGGUUACCGAGGUAGACUGUGUAAAAGCAGUAGCUCCAAAGACCAGGAACAAGCCUGCAGCCCGUUGGCUACAUGCGAUCACCGCGUCAGCAUUUACGACAACGUGCCGGACGAUAUGCAGAUCAUGGACGAUGACGUGUUCUCCGCGUUAGACGGCGUGAUGGAACGUAUUUGUGACCUGCAGCAGCUGGUCACCUCGUGGACAGACAAGCUGUCCGAGGAUGGGGAUUCUGAUUUCUCUAACUCUGGUUCUCCCUCGCCCUCCUCACUGACGGACAUCCACCUUGAGAUCAAGGAUCAGGAUGAAUCUGCUCUGGAGGAGAGCACGGAAGCGUUUGCACGUAGUUCUAGUGUUCAAAGGCCCCACUGGUCCAGUGCACAGAUGCAUUCACAGAGUAACUCCAGCGCGGGCAUAGAGGCCAAAUUAGCACCACAUGUCUCCAUGCUACAAAGACUGAGCCUUCUCAGACUCACGGCUCUGAUGGACAAGCACUCGCCAUUCAGCAAACAAGGCUGGAACUGGACAGUACCGAAAGUCUACCGUAAAGUUAAAGCUUUGGAGCACAAGAGCAGGAAGGUGUUUGGAGUUCCUCUGCUCCAGAGCGUCCAGCAAUCGGGAAAACCUCUGCCACCGAGCAUCUUGAGAGCAAUGGAGUACCUACGGACUGAAUGUUUGGAUCAGGUUGGGCUUUUCCGAAAGUCUGGGGUCAAAUCCAGAAUCCAGAAUUUAAGGGAAAUGGUUGAGGCCGAUCCUGACGGCGUGUCCUUUGAAAAUCAAUCAGCCUUUGAUGUGGCCGACAUGGUGAAGCAAUACUUCAGAGACCUGCCCGAGCCCAUCUUCUCCAGCAAACUGUGUGAAAGCUUCCUGCACAUCUACCAAUACUUCCCCAAAGAUCAACAGUUCGCCGGGGUUCAAGCGGCCAUCUUCCUCCUCCCUGACGAAAACAGGGAAGCCCUACAGAGCCUCCUCCUCUUCCUCCAAGAGGUGGUCGCCUGCGUGGAGGAGAACCAGAUGACCCCAACCAACAUUGCCGUGUGCCUGGCGCCCACCCUCUUCCACCUCAACUCCUUCAACAGAGAGAGAACCAGCAUGAGGUCCAGACACCGAAAAUACAGCUUGGGAAUACCGGACCAGAGGGAUCUGAGCGAGAACCUGGCAGCGACACAGGGACUGUCACAUAUGGUUACCGAAUGUUUUCGCCUUUUCCAGAUCCCAAAAUACUGGGAAGCCCAGAGAGCAGGCAGCUUUGCUGAAGACGAUGCAGGCGUAAGCUGUUUUCCUCACCGUGGAGAAGACGAAAGUACAGAGCGUGCCAGGCUGUCCCUGCUCACGCAAAAACUCCUGCGGGAGGCGAGAGAGAAAUCUAAAGGCUGGGUCUCCUGCUCGAGCUCUGAUCAUGUGGACGUAACAGCUAAAAAGGUGGAAGACGGUUAUCCUCUGCGGCUGUGGCGUGCGACAACGGAAGUCGAUGCUCCUCAGCAGGACGUUCUCCAGCGCGUGUUAAGAGAACACAGUCACUGGCAGAAAGAUCUUCUACACAGCGAGGUGGUGGAGAAUCUGGAUAAGGAUGCCGAGGUGUGUCAUUACAUCCUGCAAGCCGCAGGAGCCAGGCCACCCCUGCAACACGUUCUGUUACGGACUUGGCAGUCGGAUUCUACGGCAGGUUCCCUGUUCGUGUCCUCCGUGUCUGUCGAACACGCCGCCGUGGCCGUCCGAGGAGUGCGGGCUAAAGUUCUCUGCUGCUUGUUCCUAAUCGAGCCGUUGGGCUCGAAAAAGUCACGAGUAACACACCUCUGCAGGACAGACACGAGAGGCCGAUCUCCAGAAUGGGACCAUAAAGUAGGAGGACACCUGGUUGCAUCAGCGUUGAUGGCCGUGAGGGAUUCCUUCAGACCCAAAACAAAAGACUCAAAAGCACAGUAAGGGCUCCAAAGAGUCAUUUGUUAAGCCCUGGACAACUUUACGAUCCGUCAGCUCGAAAAAGAGAGAAAAUACAGAAACUGAGCUCAGAGAAGAUGAAGUGAAAACUACGUCUGUCUGGAAUCUGGAGAGUUACGACGAGAGCGUUUUAAUGCAGACCAUUCGGCCUGCAGACAAGGAACAACAACAGUGUGAUGAGGUGCUCCACGAGAGCCGGUGCGCUCGCCAUUAUCAAGACUGACAGGAGAGAGUGUCAGAGUAAUGAAAUGUCUCAUCCGAUUUAAAGGACUAUUCCACGGGCUAAUGCGUCGCAGUGGUCGGCGUCGACACUCUCGACUCGCGCUGUUUUUAAGCAUUAAAGGAAGGGCGGGCUGAUGCCAUUUGGAAAGGUCUUCAAAGAUUGUAUGAUUUCAAACGUACUCCUUUGACUUACACAAAAGACACAUCAUCGAAAUUCUGCUGUACAGUAACGACUGUGACAUUGAUUCAUACGGGCGUGUUUUUCGGCUGGAAGCUGCCACGUUUGUUUAUUUAUUCACGAGUGCUAGAAAGACUGUCAGAUCGAGCCAAACGCCUCCAUCCGAGGUGCUGUGUGAUCCGGCACAUUACAGCGCAUUACCCUGUCAGACUCAAAUGCUUCCACUGUAAUUUCUAAUUAUUUCGCAUUGUGCUUUAACAGAGUUUUGGACUUUGUGAUCGAAAAGCGACAUUUAUUUCAUUUCACAAGACAGCUUAUAUCAAAUUUUAUAAACUGAAUUAUAGCAAGCUUUAAUAUAACUUAAAUUGUUGUGAUGGUUUGUUGAUACAUUACAGAUUUUAUUUAAAUAUAUGUUCGAGGCAACAUA